UUGUCUUACAAAGCACCAGAUUUCAGUAGAAAUUGGCACAAGGAAGAUUACAGAAUGGUACAUUCUUUGGGCACUUAGAAGAGCCUGUCAUGGCUUUCAUAAUGGAAGGUGUCAAGACAGAAAACAACGAUCACAUAAACUUGAAAGUUGCUGGACAAGAUGGGUCUGUGGUUCAAUUCAAGAUCAAAAGGCAUACACCACUGAGUAAGCUUAUGAAAGCUUAUUGUGAGCGACAGGGUUUGUCAAUGAGACAGAUACGAUUUCGGUUCGAUGGACAGCCAAUUAAUGAAACGGACACACCUGCACAGUUGGAAAUGGAAGAUGAAGACACAAUUGACGUGUUUCAACAACAGACUGGAGGACUCUACUGAAAAACAUCCAAAUAAACAUUACUGUUUGGGAACUCUUCCUGCAACAUCACACAAAAUUCGGUUCAGAGUUAGAGGUUUUCAUUUAUACUUAACUACUGUUGUAUAGUGUUUCCAUUUUGUACAUAGAGCCUCAGUGUUGACACACCAAUCUAAUUAUUCAGAAUGUUGCCCGUGUUAUCUUGGACCAGACCUAUAAAGGAUGAGGUUAGGGGAGAAAUGCUUUGGCUCCCCCAUCUCUCUCCCUGCUUCUCGGGCUAUUAAGGUCGCUGGUGGCACCUUAUUUGAAUUGGCUGCUCAGUAAAAUGUUUCUUUCUGUGGUGGUUGAGAUUUACUGGUUGUCCAAAUCGCUUUAUCCAUCAGAGCAAAUUUUAUAUCUUUUUUAUAUAUAUUAUAUAUAUAGUAGUCAUUUCAUGUAUACUUUGUCUUUAAUAGUUUAAGGCUGUACAAACAAAAAAGGCCUUCAUGGGAUUUUAGUCAAACAUCUGUACUGUUUAAUAAAUCUCUUGUUUCAAUAAAAUUCCUAUCUUUUUAAACUCUUAA